GGAUACCGCCAGAGGGUGGGGGCCCGGGAGGCUGCAGGGAGCCCGGGAGCCGAGGGGCGGCGGCCCAGCUCAGGUGCCCCACGCACCGGCGACCGCAGUGCGAAGCCACCCACAAGCGCAACUGCCUGGGCACCAGUGAGCACCGGGCCUCACGCACCCACCCGCCGCACCUGCCGCGGGGUCCAAAAGGGAUCCUGCAAAAAUGAGCCAUUCUCACCCUGCUGGAUUACUUGCAGCAUACAAUAGCCUGACUGAUAAACACCUGGCUGGAUAUUUUAACAACACGAGGAUACGGCGGCAUCUCCUAAGAUCAGGGCUGAUCUCAAGAAGUGGAAGAAUACUUUCUGAAAAAGAAUACAAACUAAAUAUUAUGAAGCGAGAUCACCAAAAAUAUAUCCGGGAGUGCUUAGCCCAGGCUAUUUUCCAUAAGGUCCUUGAUAUGGAGCGUUACCAUCAACUUGAAAUAAAAAAAAAGCUGGAGACCUUAGCUAAGAAGGAGAGAAUUCAGAGAUUUAAGGGAGAGCACACAAGACAAUCUAUUGAAAAUAACAUGCCAAUCCUGUCUCCUCGCCCCCCAGUUGGCCCAAAGACUAACCGUGGUCAUAGUGUUUUGGUUGAUGAAGGACAGUCUAGUCCAUUAACACUGACAGCCCCUCGACCAUAUACUGCCCCAGGAAAUAUGCAGCCUCCAAUUCGAUUACAGCCUCUUCCCACUUACCCUGCAGUGGGAACUGCUCCAAAGAUAACUUCUGGGUCCAGAUCAAAACCCUCAUUGCUGGAAAAUGAAGCUCCAUUUCCCAUUGGGGGCAAGAAGGCAAUGAUGAAGUUCAGGAACUCCAUGAACAAUUCACAAAGAAUGAACCCGUAUCAACUUCCAAACAUUAACAGUUACAUGAUGCCUGUACCUCCUCUGCCUCCUCCCCGAGAUGGAAAAGUCACAAGGGAAAAUAGAUCUGAAACAUGGAGGAGGAGAUUUCGUCCAACCACUGCUCCGAAUGGCUUAGAACCUCUCUUUCCCAGGGUUUCAGGAAGGAUUCAUAAAACAUCACCACAUAGUAAUGCAGCUAUUACGAUGAUCUAUUUGGGGAAAAAUGUUCACCUAUCUUGCGACAACCAAGACUUCCGAGAUGAAAUAAAAAUUUAUCAACAGCACUGUGGUGGGGAAAACCUUUGUGUCUACAAAGGCAAACUAUUUGAAAAUGAGACCUUUCAGUUUAUUUCCAAAAGGCACCAUGGUUUUCCCUUCAGCCUCACCUUUUUCCUGAAUGGUAUGCAGGUGAACAGGUUAAGCUCCUGCUGUGAAUACAAGCACCGAAGAGGUUCCAGACUUGGAGGCAGACGAGGCUACUUUGGGUUUGUGUGUGUGGAGAGAGCAUCCCCUUGCUACAAGUGCAUUAUUGCAAUGGGUCUUGACAAAAAAACAUCUUCAAUGAAACCUAGGAAAGAGAAGAGCACUGAGAAAAGAGAAGAACUGAGGAAGGAUAGGGAGACUGUGAUACUAAGAAGAAAUGAGAUGGAGGGGAACAAAACUCUCUCAACCACUUGUUCAGUUCAAGAAAUAAAUAUAGGAGUCAGAGAAGUGAGAACUGCUAUGGAAGAAAUGGAACUUAAAGGAAAACGAAAACAAGAUGAUUGGGAAGAUAACCAAGAAAAUACUUUUAAAUAUGAAUAUGAAGAAGAUUUUGAAAUAGAUGAGGAGAAACAAGAUGAGAAAGCUAAUGAAGAAAGACAGGCUGGUGAUCAAAUGAAUGGAAUAUCAAAGUCACCCUCAGAGGAUGAAAAAGAUAAUUUAGGCCCUGAGGAGAGUGAAAUCUCAUCACUGAAGGCACCAGAUGCUGAUGACAAUGUGAAAGAUGAGGAUGAUGGAUGCUCCGGGAGUGAAUCGGAAGAGGAUAAACAAGCUUCAUCAACCUCAUCUAGAAGUCACCCAUAUUCUAGUGACAGUGAAGAUGAUUCUGUAGAGAGAUCCAGGGAAAUCCUUGUUGAAAACAGUGUAGAAGAAAGUCCUAGAAGUUCAUCUACUCAGGAGCUGAGUGAAAAUGGUGAGUCAGAAAAAUCCCAUCAUCUAAUUGAGGAAUCCUUAGAAAUUGAAACUGAAGACCAAGAUAUAACAAAAGCAGCUGUGGAGACUCAGCCUCUGCCAAGAGAGGAAAGCUGUGAGAAUGUUCUUGAAGAAAUGCGGAAAGGAGCCCAAGGGAUUGCAGAGAAUUUAUUUGAGAAGUCCAGGAAACAUACCUCCAAGGAAGAAAAGGAAAAGAGUAAGCUUUGGGAAGAAAGCACUGCUAAGGUGAAGGACAAAAAAGCAGGUCUCCCUGAGGUAGAGAAAGGGGUUGGACAGAUAAUAAGUGAAGCCUUGGCACCGGGCUGCCACUGCCACUAUGACACUGAGUCUGGUGUCAGCAGCACAGACGAGCAGGAGAAGCCCACGAGGAAGCCAGAGAUUGACACAGGUGGAGCAUCAAUUAGGAAUUUAGUAGUGGAGGAAAGGGCAGUGCUCCACUUCUACAAGGAGUCUGAGCAGGUUGCACUGCAGAAGAAAGAAGCAAUGGAGGAAGGUGCCACUCCCCAACACCAGGAUGCAGCACUCAGGGGUGGGGUGGGGGUAAAUGAGGUUCUCCCUGGGGAGAGGCAGACAAUUGCAGAGCCUCUAGCACUAGAAGAGCAGCCCACAGAGAACAGCAAGGUGCCUCUGCGUAGGACAAGCUGGGCGGAGGAAGAAGCAGAUGGGAAUGGAAGGCAGGGUCCAGAAGGGUUCAACCCCACAGAAACAGCAGCAGAAAGAGACUCUCUGGGUCUGAGUGAAGAAGAGGCUCCUCAAGAGCAGGUCCUGAUGCAAACAGUGCUUAGGACAGAGCAGGCAGCUUCUGAAGGGGAGCAGGGUUUAGAAGAGGCGGCACUGACAAACACCACAGCACUAAGCACGAAGCAUCUUCAGAGGGCAGCUCCUCCGAGAGAAUCAGAGACAUCUCCAAAGAUGCAAGCAACUGAGAAAGGGGUGACUGUGAAAAAGCCAAAUGUGGAUGCAAGUGAAGAGGAAGCACUCACAGAGCUGGAGGACAUGGGACCCAUUGAAGACACAGCAUCUGAGAGAGAGGAUGGCUCAGAAGAGAUAAUAGUUGGGGGAGAGGAAUCAGGCAAAGAAAGGAAGGAAGUUCUGGAAAUAGAAACCCCCUUGAGCAGCUCCACAGGAGAGGCAGGGGCAAGCCAGGUGGGGCUUUCAGAGGGCAGCCCAGAAGAACUCUGUGAGGAAGGUGCAGGCAGGACAGAGAACGGGAGCAAAGCAGAAGAUGAUAGGGAAGAGAGGAAAGAACAGUUACUGGGGGAGUUAGGGUUAGAGGUAGCAGGAGAGGGGAGGAAAGUGGAGAGCUCCAGAACACCUCUGAGGGAAACUGGAUCUGAGAGAGAAGAGGUGACAAGGGCAAAUGCAGCUAAGGAUGAAGAUGCUUUAGAAGAGGAGCGAAAACUUAAAGGGGAAGAGAUGGAAGCAGUGAAGGAAGCGAGAUCUGAGGAACAGACCAAAGAAUCUGAAAAUGAAAUCGAAUCUGAUGUUGAGGAUGCACAACCCACAGAGGCAACUGAAAUGACUCAAGAUUCAGGGCUUUUAGAAGAUUCACUGAAAGAAAGAGGAGUGACCUUGUUUGAAGUAACACAUGGAUUUGAAAAGUCAAUGGAGAAAGUAACAGCUCUGAAGAAAGAAGUAGUAGAGGAAGGAUUGAACGAAGCUGGAGACACAGAGCACAAGGACAGAGCAGGGCUGCUGGGCCAGCAGAACAUGGCUCUAGUAGAGCAGGAACAGGAACAGGGGCCCCACCAUGAUGGAGAGAACACAUUAGAGGCUGCAAAGUGUGCAGCCCAGGACCAAGAUUGCCUUGCAGGAAUGCAGAAGAAGGAUGAAGAAGGAACUUUGCAGGGGCCAGGAGGAGUAGGGGUCAUGAUGCUGACUGAGGGAGAUUCCAGGAUGAUGGAAAAUAUCAGUGAAGAAGCACUGGGUGGGGUCCCAGAGGAGGAGGGGGGUGAAGAGCACACUCUGGAGAAAAGAGUGACAAAAGACAGCAACACAGAGGGCAGUGGGGCUACAGGAGAAGGAGCAGUCCUGACUGAGGAAGAUCUGCACCAAGGAGGAGGAGCAGCAGAAGCAGCCUCAGAGAGAAGGGAGGUGUUGGCAGAUUCAAAGACAGCUAAGGGGAAAACAGCAAAUAGAGCUUCCUCCUUCUCAGAUGUUGCUUGGGAGGAAACAUGGCACAAAGGGGAUGAGGUGCUGGGAAAAACAGCAGCUGCAGAGAGGGUGGCAGCAGAGGAAACAGGACUGAGCAAGGAGGAGGUGACAGUGACAUCAGCUGCAGAGCCUGGGGAGGGAGCUCUCCUGGAAACUUUCCAUCUCGAGAGGCAGGGCCAGCAGCUAGGACAGGAUCAAGAGGGAGAGGAAGUGGAGGCCAGUCAGAGUGUAAGGUCAGUAGGAGAGCGGGCAGGAACAGGGAGCAGUGAUGGGGGGCAAGAAUCAGGAACGGCUGAAGAAUUCGGACGAGGAUCAUCACAGGAGAGAGAGGCAGAGCUGAGCAGAGGGAGUGUAGAGGCAGUGGCAACACUUUCUGUGAAGCCUGAUUUCUCUGGAACCCAAGAGGAGCAAGAGCAUAUGGUUCAAAGAGAAAGUGAGAGUGCAGAUGUUCCUCUGAACAACAUGAAGGACUAGGAGAUUUUGUGGCAGACGAGUAUUUUAAAAGUUUCUUCUGGAAGACAUAAAAGCUGGAGAAAGAGUCACCCAAGCAUCUCACUAAGUCUUUAGACUUUAUCUUUUUUUUUUUUUUUUUCUUUAAUUACUGUGCUUGUCUGAGAUGGUUCCCAGUCCAUCAGUGACCUCAGUAAUCACUUUGAGAAUAGCUCAAGCAGAUCUGCAAGAACCUCCAUAUAAGUAUUGGUUCCAAAGAGAGAACUGAAAAGCUAUUACAAAUUCUGUACAGCUAAUGUGUCUAUAUUCAAAUCAGAUUGAUGGUUUUCAAAUGUUUGACUUUUAUCACAGAUCAAUGGAAGGCCCAGAACUAAUGCCUGGAGUUUGUUUAAAUCUUUUUUUUUUUUUU